UAGUGAAAUAUGAGAGAUAGUGAAAUAAUGAAAUAUGAGAGAUAUGAAGCUGAUAUUAAAGAGAUACGAAAUGGAUAUGAAAUGAAUAUGGUAAGAUGAAGUUAUGUGUCCUUGUGAAAGAUAUAAAAAACCGAGAAGCGAGAGCAGAACGAGGAAGAGUAAACCAGCCAGAGAAGGCAGUGGAGAGACGAGUAGCAAUAGCAGUUCUUCGGAGCAGUCUCAACAAAUAAUAGCAGUCUUCAGAGCAGUUUUUACAGCAGUUUUUACAGCAGUUUUUACAGCAGUUUUAACACUCCCACAGAGAAAACAGUCGUAAAGCAGUUUUUAACACCUCUGGAGUUUUGUGAGUUGUGAUUUUGAACAAAAA